CUUAAUCUUUUAAAGGAAAAGUUACUUUCUGCCAGUGGAAAUUCAUUAGACCUUUCACAGUAUGUUUCGGACUUUCGAACAAAAUUGUCUAAAGCAUGCGAAUUAGCCAAAGCAAACCUUCAGUCGGCCCAAAAAUGCAUGAAGAAUCAGUACGACAAAAAUUGUGUCAGUCGUACAUUUCAGCCGGGUGAUAAGGUUCUUGCGUUACUUCCUGUCCCUGGAAAUACACUUCAGGCACGGUAUUUUGGCCCCUACCUCGUAGAAAAGAAAGAGAAUGAUUUAAAUUAUGUCAUAGUUACCCCCGAUAGACGUAAGAAUAAGCAGUUAUGUCAUGUAAAUAUGCUAAAAUCAUAUUAUGAGAGAAAGAAUGGUGUGCAGGUAGUUAACGUCAUAGAUGUAGAAAAUAAUAAUAUAGAAGAUACAACCGAACUCUUCAAUCUGUCUGAGUCAACUAAACUCCAUAACUCUGAUGUUCUUCGCGAUAUGGAUACAAAGUUAAGCCACCUAAGUGAAUCUCAACGAAGAGACAUCGAAGUUUUAGUACAGGAAUACCAAUGCUUAUUUCCAGACGUACCCUCCAGGACAGACCAUAUUGCCCACGACGUAGAGAUCAACGAUGCGCCACCUAUCAAACAACACCCAUACCGUCUAAACCCAACGAAGCAAAAACACCUCGAAGCAGAAAUCGAGUACCUCCUCGAGAAUGAUUUCAUCGAACCAAGCCAAAGUAGCUGGAGUUCACCUUGUUUGUUAGUUCCCAAACCUGAUGGUAGUUAUAGGAUGUGCACGGACUAUAGAAAACUUAAUAAUGUGACGAAGGCGGAUACGUAUCCCAUUCCGCGGAUUGAUGAUUGUGUUGACAAAAUUGGAACUGCAAAAUACGUCUCCAAGUUUGAUUUAUUGAAAGGUUUCUGGCAGAUUCCACUUACUGAACGUGCGAAAGAGGUCUCAGCAUUCGUGACUCCGAAAGGUCUCUACCAAUAUAAAGUGAUGCCUUUUGGCAUGCGUAAUUCGCCAGCGACCUUCCAACGGCUGAUAAAUAAUGUUAUCGCGGAGGUCGAAGGCUGCGAAGGUUACAUUGACGACGUAAUAAUAUACAGUGAUACGUGGGAAGAACAUUUGAAGAUUAUGCGGAAAUUCUUUACACGACUCAGCGACGCAAAGCUAACGAUCAAUUUAUUAAAGAGUGAGUUUGGAUGUGGUCAUGUCACCUACUUAGGACAUAUCGUCGGGCAAGGUCAAGUGAAGCCUGUCGAAGCAAAGGUCGAAGCCAUCUCGAUGUUUCCUCAACCGGCGUCGAAAAAACACGUGAUGCGUUUUCUCGGUAUGGCAGGUUAUUACCGAAAGUUCUGCCCAAAUUUUUCUGCUAUCACGGAGCCUUUAACUCGGUUGCUGCAAAAGAACGCCAAGUUUCAUUGGACUGAACAAUGCCAGUUUGCUUUUGAGCAACUCAAGGCAAUGUUGCAACGUGCUCCUGUUUUGUCUGCACCUGACUUCACACGCCCAUUCAAGUUAGCUGUUGAUGCAAGUGAUGUUGCAGCUGGUGGUGUAUUACUCCAAGAAGACCAAGAUGGAAUUGACCAUCCGGUAUGUUAUUUUUCAAGAAAAUUCAAUAAAAAUCAGAAAAAUUAUUCCACCAUUGAAAAAGAAUGUCUUGCCCUUAUCCUCGUCCUGCAACACUUUAAUGUUUAUGUUUCCUCCCCCGAAGUUCCCCUCAUCGUGUACACUGACCACAAUCCCCUUGUGUUCCUCCACAAGUUAAAGGAUAAUAAUCAACGUUUGUUGCGAUGGAGCUUGAUUCUUUCUGAGUACAAUAUGGUCAUAAACCAUAUCAAAGGACGAGAUAACUUGAUCGCGGACUGUCUCUCAAGACCAUGAACAUAUUCCAUGAGAACUUGAAAGAAAGUCUAUCAACUUUCUUUUCUUCAAGGAGGAGGGUGUUACAUGAUAGCAAUUAUCAUGUAUAUUUUAUAACAUUUUAUAUUAUAUAUUAAUACAUUUUACUAUAUAUAUUAUAUAUAUCCUAGUUUAGUUAUAUUAUAUUUACUCUACAGAAUUUACCUAUGGGAAAUUGUUUUAGCUUAGUCAUGCAUGAGCAUGCAAAUAUUUUAGUUUAUUACGUUACCACAAGUGCGUAAUGGACGGGAACGGUUACCGCAAGAAGAUUGUAAAAAUCUUCCCACGAAAUGACACUGCAAGAAUAAAACGUUCCUCUCUGAACAUAUAUAAGGGAGAGCACAACUCUUAUGCAUUAUUCAUUCAAUAGGCCUCAGCGCCUCAGUUACAUUAUUCAUAGGCCUUAGCGCCUUACGUGAAUAUCAUUUUGGAAAAGCUAUUAUAAAGAAGAUUGUUAAGGAAAGAUUGUUACAAGUUAUAUACGAAAGAGUAUUGAAGUUAAAAAGCGACGUUACGUGAAGAAGACGAAAGAGUUGUGCUCAGUCAGACAGAAAAGAGAUAAGUUGAACUGAUAUAGUUUUAAUUAUAUAGUAAUUGGAUAUAGUAUUAUAAAGACGCUACUUAUAGCAAGUUAAAGAAAUAAAUAGUUAUUAUAUAAACGUAACUGACUCACACUGAUUCUUUGUUGCGAGAGAAAUCGAACCAAAACGCGGGAAAUAUUAAUAUUAAGGACCACGCUCGUAACAAUAUCGAAAUUGAAAAUUAC